CGCCAUCUUGGAAGACAAAAGUAGCUUACUCUAGUUAUAUUAACUCUAUGCAGACAUCUCAUCCUAUCAAAAAGCAUCGAUUUUUUGGCACAAAUGCUCACUCAAACAUGUUCUGAGGGCAGAAAGGAAAAUCAUUAGUUUACAUAUUCAACCAAUGAAAUUGAAGGAGAGGCGGGCUCAAGACGUUUGACUUGUGUAUGUGAAUCGGACAUUUGGAUUGUGGAGGAAAUCGUCAAGACGUUUGGAAUUGUGUGACCAAGAAUAUAGAAUCGUCCCAGACUCGGAUGUUCUCCUGCUCCCAUUGUCCUCUCUCCUUCACUGCCCAGAAGCACAUCAAGAAGUGCCACCAUGACCUGUGUGUCUCUCUGCUGAGGAGUGGAGAAAUCAGACCAGAGACUCUGUCUUCCUCUCGACCACGCCCCAACACCACUUCAUCCCUCCCCCCGGUCCCCACCCGGGGAAGCAUGGACAAGGAAAAGGCCAGAAAUCACCACUGUGACCAGUGUGGGAAGAGCUUCAGUCAUUCAGUACACUUAAAGGCACACCAGCGUGUUCACUCAGGAGAGAAGCCGUACCACUGUGACCAGUGUGGGAAGAGCUUCAGAAAUGCAGGACACUUAAAGACACACCAGAGUGUUCACUCAGGAGAGAAGCCGUACCACUGUGACCAGUGUGGGAGGAGCUUCAGUCGGUCAGGAAGCUUAGAGAGACACCAGCGUGUUCACACAGGAGAGAAGCCGUACCACUGUGACCAGUGUGAGAAGAGCUUCAGUCAGUCAGGAGACUUAGUGAUACACCUUCGUGUUCACUCAGGAGAGAAGCUGUACCACUGUAACCAGUGUGGGAAGAGCUUCACUCAUUCAGGAAACUUAGAGAGGCACCAGCGUGUUCACACAGGAGAGAAGCCGUUUCAAUGUGACCAGUGUGGGAGGAGCUUCAGUCAUUCAGAAAACUUAGAGAGACACCAGCGUGUUCACUCAGGAGAGAAGCCGUACCACUGUGACCAGUGUGGGAAGAGCUUCAGUCAGUCAGGAGAUUUAGAGACACACCAGCGUGUUCACUCAGGAGAGAAACCAUACCACUGUGACCAGUGUGGGAAGAGCUUCAGUCAGUCAGGAACCUUAAAGAAACACCAGCGUGUUCACACAGGAGAGAAGCCGUACCACUGUUGUGACCAGUGUGGGAAGAGCUUCAGUAUGUCAGGAGACUUAGUGACACUUUUGUUCUGGGAAGACUAGAGAUCCUGAUCUCUAGAUCUUACUUAAGAAUUAAACAUUUAUGAACAUAGGAAAUGUAUGUAUUUGUAUUCAUCAUUUAAAGUAGAAUUGUACAUAAGAUAAUUGAUUUUAUACUGAAAAUGUAUAUUGUAUAUAAAUGUCACCAUAAAAUACAGUCUAUGUACGAUUGUUUCAUUGUUUAUUAUAUUAUUGUAUUACAAUCAUUCAUUUUGUAUGACUUGAUAUAUAUUUUACUUUUAAACAUAAACUGAAAUAAAAU